GCCCAUUCAAAAUUUUUCGUCGUCUUCUUCAGAAUUCUCUCAAGAACCCUAAAAUUUCUUCAGAUUUUUCAGAUUCUCACUCAAAAUUCUGAGAAAAUGAAGGUUGUCGGAGCAAAUAUUCAUUUCCAGAAGUUAGAAGCCAAGUGCUCGUCAUCAACAUUCUUUCAAAGCUAUCUGGAAAUGAUAGCCGCUCAAGAACUCUUCGAAUUUCUUCAAAUGGAGAUUCGCCUCAAAUUCGAGGAAUUCUACAGAAAUGGAGAGGUCAAGACUGCUCAUUCAAAGAAGGACCCACAGAGGACGUUUCCAGUCAUCAAGUCCACUGUUGGAGGUACGAAAGUGAAGCUUUCGCAGAAGAAAUUAGGAGAAAAGCUUCGCCUUCCCAAUUCUGGAGUUGAAAUCGGGAAAUUUCCAGCCCAAAAUCUGGACUGGAACAUCAUUGGAAUCUCUGGGCAAAUUCCUUCAAGUCCAGCGAAGAAAACAGAUCUAAACAACGAUUACAAGUUGGUUUUGGAACUGGUCAUCGCCUGCCUCGAAUGUGGAAGUGGAGGUCAUGCCGAUGACAUCACCCAGGAGAGAGCCUUCAUCAUCAACUCUCUCAUUACCAAAACUAAGCUCUACUAUGAUUGGAGAGCAUGGAAAGUUGGAAAUUCAGCAGAGCAACUGAUGGAUUGGGACCAACAGCUGAAGAAUGAGAAGAUCAUCAAGAAAUGCUUAGGAAUACCAGUCAACCAUAGCUGUGAAGAAAUCUUGGAUGACUACUGGGUAUGGCAAAGGAACCAUGAAGACCUGCAUCUGGAAUACCUAGCCAACUCACCAAUGUCAGAAUUUGAAGUAGAUGAUGAAGAUCCUUCAGUCUACAAACCAGUCUUCUCCAAAGCCACAGAAGAACAAGUGGUUCUCACUUCUGAAGCGCAAACUAUUUUGGAAGCAACAGCUGAGGACUUCCAAACAUUUCCGGAAGCCUCACCUGCCUUUGAAACGAAAACCUCACCUGCUCUCCAGCAAACCUCACAUUCUUCUAAAAUGGUUCUGACUGAAGCUGUCCAAGAGAAGGCAACCUCUCCCCCACAAGAACAGAACCAGAAAACAGCAGAAGAAGAAGAACUAAUCCAAUCUCAAGAUUUGGAGAUUCUCACAACUCCUUGUGAGAUCUCCAAUCCUACUGAAACUGAGAUCCCGGAGAAGUUAGCAGAAAUUCUGGAACAGUCAACUUUUCCAGAAACAAAUGAAGAGGAGCAAGCUGUAGAAGUCCAAAGGAAUUCUGGAGAAGCUGGAAAGGAGACUCAAAUGGCAGAACCAGAGGUCUCUCAAACUCCAGUAGCCAUUUUUGAAGAACAGAAUGCAGCUGAAGAAAGAGACUCCCUCUCUAGGGAUAUAUCAAAUUUUGUGCUUAAUGAAGCAGAAGGAGAGUCUGAAAGAACACUGAAGGUUACUGAUGAAGAAGAUGUACAAGAAGAUGCUUAAUCUCUUCCUAUGCAACUCUUCCAAAGAACACCAUCCUCUCAUCAGGUAACCAAUUUUCAUUUCCAUAGCUCUUCCACCCCUACCCUUCCGGAUAUUGUGCCGGAAAUCUGGACAAAGAAGGUCCAAGGGCUGAUUGAAUCAGCCCUAGCAUCUCAACAUGCCUUUUUUAGGCAAGAGAUAGAGCAAAUGGAAGCCAAGUACACCAAGCUUAUAGAGAAAUCUGAAGAGAAGCACAACACUGAUCUCAAAGAAAUAAGCAAAUCAGUG